UCACUUUUCACUCGACGGUCACACUGCUUCAUCUUCACGUGUUUUAUUUCUGUUUAUAUUUUAUUUUCCCUACGAAAUCGGUUUGUUAUAACCAAAUGGAGUGCUUAAAUGCGGAAAUACCAGCUGACGGAGUAGAUAAAAGCAUAGAAGUCGAGAAGAUUGCGGAAAAUGCAGUAAAACCGGAUGAAACUCCGGAGCGAAAUGGAAAGGAUGAAGCCGGAAAACCCGGCGAGGAAUACGCGUAUUUGGAGCGAAAUGAAUUCACUUCCGAAAUAUUUAAAGUUGAAGUGAAGAACAUGGGAUAUUUCGGUAUUGGGGAGUUCAAGAAGCUUUUGAGAAACACCCUCAAAUUUGACGUGACUAAAAUCAAGGCUCCAACCCGAAAAGAGUUCGCGUUUGUGUGCUUCCGCAGUCAGGAAGAUCAGCAGAGAGCCUUGGAGACCCUACAUGGAUAUAAAUGGAAGGGAAAGGUGCUGAAGGCCCAGGUUGCCAAGGCCUCUGCCGAUCCUUUACAGAAAAAACGGGCUGCCGAGGAUCAGGAGUCGGAAAGAAAGCCCAAGAAGCAACGUACGGCGGUGGAAGCCACGUGUCCUUUGUCACACAUUGCCUACGACCAGCAGCUCAAACAGAAAUCCGAGGAGAUGGCGGCACUUUUGGCGAAAUACACACAGGAACUGAAGAAGGUCAACCCGCGGGCGAAGGCCAAUUUGGAUAAGUUCCAGUUCCACGGGGUUCUUCCCUCACCCACCGUCAAUGGGUAUAGAAACAAAAACGAGUUCACUGUCGGGAAGAAUUCUGCAGGUGAAGUGGUUGUGGGUUUUAGAUUGGGCUGCUACAGCGAUGGAUCUGUGGAAGUAGCCGAGGUCGCAGAUUUGCCACAUCUACCGGAACAAGCCAAGUGGGCUGCUCACAGUUUCCAGGACUUGGUGAGGAGGUCCAAGUUUUUGCCCUUCAACCCGGACGGAAAUGUAGGCCACUUCCGGCAGCUGAUGGUGCGGUGCUCCAGUGCCACAGGCGAACUAAUGCUGGUGGCGGGCAUAUACUCUUCGAAUUUAAGCGAAGACGAGCAGGUUGAACUUAAGCAAGAACUGAAGUCCUUCUACGAGGAGCUGGCGAAGGACGCUCCGUACAAAUGCACCUCCCUGUAUUACCAGGAUGUCAAACAUCGCGAGGCAGGGCAGACGAUUAAUCCGGUGGAACACAUUUCGGGCAGCACCCACAUCACCGAUACCAUACAGGGUCUCCAGUUUCGAAUUAGCCCUCUGGCCUUUUUCCAAAUCAACACAGAAGGAGCCAACGUGUUGUAUCAAAAGGCCAUUGAUCUAGUUGCUCCUACUGAGGACACAACCAUGUUGGAUAUUUGCUGCGGAACUGGUACCAUUACUCUUGCUUUUGCCAAGCACUGCAAGAAAGUAAUGGGCGUGGAAAUCGUCCCUGAUGCUAUCAAGGAUGCCGAGUUUAAUGCGGAGGCGAAUGGCAUUAAAAAUGCGAAGUUCUUCACAGGAAAUGCAGAUGACUUUAUCAAAAGUAUGGUGCGGGAAGCCCUCUACGAUCAGGAGCCUGGUAAACCACUGGAUCUUAUUGCCGUGGUGGAUCCCCCUAGGGCUGGGCUGCACCACCGGUCGAUAGCAGCAAUCCGAUCCGCAGAUGCCGUCAAUCGUUUGGUCUACGUCUCCUGCAAUCCGCACAGUGCUAAGCGGAAUUUCAUCGAGCUGGCCAGACCGGAGUCUAAGCAAUAUAAGGGGGAGCCAUUCUAUCCGAAGUCCGCUGUGGCCGUUGACAUGUUUCCCCACACCAUGCACACUGAGCUGGUCAUUCUGUUCGAGCGUGAACCUAAAACAAAGGUGGAUGAGAAGUCACCGCCAGAGAAAGGGGCCGCUCAGUCAAAGUCGGAGGGAACCGAAGAAGCUAUAAGCGAGCAGAUCACCGCAUCGGAAACGUGACGUGUUUGUUGAUGGGUCAGUUGCGAUUCGCUGAGACGCCGAACACCCAAUAUGCCUCAAUACCUACUAUCUGCCGCGAUGCUGGUCUCUAUCAUUGUCUCUCUUUGUGGCGACUGCUCAACGAAUUUUAUUGUUUUAAAUUGAUUUAAUUGU